ACAGCACGCACGAGCAAAGACAGCACGGGCCCAGUCCGGACUGCCAACUAAAAACAUUUUGGAUCCAAAAUCUGACAUUCCUGUAGUUUGUAAAUGUUUCAUUCCUGAGGCGGAAUUUCCUGAACUUACUUCCGCUUUCGCUCUGAAGGCGGGGGUGUGUUCCUGCUGCCGCGCGAGCCCCACCCUCCGCUGUUGUUGUUUUGAUUAUUAAUAACAGUCGCGCUCUGUGGCUCGUGCUGUCAACCGUUGAGUAGGUGCCGCCGAGAGUUGGCUCGCCGCGCGCAUGCAGCAGAAUGGCUCGAGUGGUUCCAACGGCUCUGACGGCUGCGGCAGCAGGGAUCGUCCGGCUCCGUCCUUCAGCCCGCUGCCCGCCGCCACGACGCGGGUGAGGCGCUUCAUUCAGGAGAGACGGACGCUGCCUCUACCCAGAGUGAUGGUGGUGUUCUCGGCGGCGGGGGACACCGAGAAACCGGGCGAUGCCAUGUCCAGCGCGGACUCUGCUGCGGAGGACGAGUUCCGAAAGCCGGCCUCCCCAGCACCGAGCUUCAGCCUCGGCACGCCGCUCCGAUCCUCGCUCAACACACCGGAGCAGGAGUUUCCAGAGGUCAUCUCUCUGAACGUUGGGGGCACAUACUUCACCACCCGCCUGUCCACACUGCGGCGAUACGAGGACACCAUGUUGGCCGCCAUGUUCAGCGGGCGUCACUACAUCCCACGUGAUGCUGAGGGACGCUACUUCAUCGAUCGGGAUGGAGCAUAUUUUGGGGACAUCCUGAACUUCCUGCGAGAAGGCGAGCUUCCCCACAGGGACCGGGUGCGGGCAGUGCACAGAGAAGCUCAGUACUACUCCAUCGGCCCACUGCUGGACAGCCUGGAGGACACUCAGCCUCUCACAGGGGAGAAAGUCCGACAAGCUUUCCUCGAUCUGCUGCCCUACUACAGAGACAAUCUGGAGCGUAUCGUGGAGAUUGCCAAACUGCGGGCCAUGCAGAAGAAGGCACGGUUCGCCAAGUUGAAGAUCUGCGUCUACAAGGAGGAGAUGCCCAUCACGCCAUAUGAGCGUCCACUUUUUAACUCUCUGCGUUUUGAGCGCUCGGACAGCGAGGCCAAGCUCUUCGAGCACCACUGCGAGGUGGACGUUUCCUUCGGACCCUGGGAGGCGGUGGCGGACGUUUACGACCUGCUGCACUGCAUCGUCAGUGACCUGGCCGAGCGCGGCAUCACCGCCGAGCAGCAGUGUAUCGGCGUCUGCGACAAGCACCUUAUCAACCAUUACUACUGCAAGAGGCCCAUCUACGAGUUCAAGAUCACAUGGUGGUGAAGCUGGAGGGAGAAAGUUGGGGCUGAUGGGACCAAAAAGCAAAAGGAUGGAUGUUUCAUUUUUACUAGAACUCGGCCGAUAUUGGUUUUUGUAUUGAAGUUGCCAAUAUUUUGUGCUGAUGUCUUAAAAUGUGACCCUUUAAAUCAUGCUUCAACAUGUAAGUAAUCUGUUUCCCCUAAAAUUUUUCUUUCUUUUUAAAAUGAAACCCCCCCCCCCAAGCACACAAAUUAGGUACACCCAGCCUAUAACAGUCCUGCAAUAAAUCUUUAAAUUUGCAUUUUAACUUGCAUAAAGGGCGGAGUUAUUGCGGGACUGUUGUAUUAUUGACUGCAGCAGUUUUAGCCUGGUGUACCUAAUAAACUGGACACAGAGUGUAAAUACCAAAGCACUGCUAGGCCUUUUAAGAGCAACAUUAACACCCCUUUAAAAAUCCUGUUUUUACUCACCUCCAGUGGUUUAACUUCUCACCUUGAUGCAGUGAUGUAACGGUGUACUCCAGGACGUUGUGACAUCACUGUAAGGCGUGGUUACAGGUGCAGCCAAGCACACCUGUGACCACACACCCAACAGUAAUGAAGAAGACGUGAAACAGUUUUAACUCUGAACCAGAGAGGAAAAAUACUGCUGUUCAGUCGGUAAGUUAUCUAUCAUUAAAUUCUGAUAUUUAGGAAGCAGGGCAUAUUUCAAGGUUUGGUGGCGCUUAGAGUCCAACACACAGUCACUGUGGUUACACUCAGGUUGAAGCAAAAACACAAAGCAAAAAUGAUACCCCUCAGGUUGCAGCUACGUGUGCAAAACGCGAGUGAAAGGUCGGCCAUUAUGCAGCGUCUGCAAACAGCUGAGUAUGAUUUCUAUCUGUGGGACACAUCUGAAACGGAUGAUUUAAAGCUGGAGUGCAGAUCUUAAGUCUCCCUCCUCUGGCAGUGUGAGUAUUGUUUAGACUACACGACAUUUUUGUCUGUUAUUAUUAGAGUUAUUAAGGUAGUUAAUUCUAAGGCUGUGUAACGAUACUAAUCCAGUACUCUUAAAACGAUACCGACACCAACUGAGUACUUCAUUCCAUACAUUAAAACUUUAUUAAUAACCUGGGCUUUUAUUGGUUCAAUCACUGAACUCAACUGGUGUAUAUUUGGGACAGGUGUCUGUAGGCGACAGGCCUCACUCAAGAAAGAUGGGAAAUACGAUCAGAUUGUUUAUUUAAACAGUAUGAAUAUUACUUAAAAAAAUUAGGCUAUGCAAUAACAUAUCUGUUAGGAAUCAUUCAUUUGAUCUUGCUCUGAGACACACACACAUACACGCAGUCACGAUGGUUGUUUUACGGCACCUGGCGUACACAGGCGCACCAACACAACACGUUUCUCUAUCCUGUUAAAACAAUGCUCACAACUUGGAAUCAUUUUUUUUAAAAAACCCAUCUUGGUUCUUUUGAUUAGUGAAACCUUAAAGACUUAAGGAAUAUAAAUAAUACAGGUUCAUCUGUCUUGUUCAUCUGUCUGCCGGUAAAUCUGAAUGAAUCUGAAUUCUACUUUGGUGCUCAUGCUUAUCUUAAAAUAAACUGAACGACUGAAUUGCAGAGAAUCUAGUGGAGCUAACGAUGUGUAGCAGUUUAAACAUUUAUGCAGCUAACUAACUUUAGCUCAUGUAGCCGACAACCUGGCGGGUUUUAUAAGGUUUUAUAUCCAAAGAUCUAUAAAAAUGAACUGCCUCACAGUGGCAGCCUGACGUGGCGUCUCACUGUGACUAGUGUUUAGUUGUGGAAACGUGUAGCAAAGAAAAACGGACUCAUCGUUUCAUCAGGGCUUUUAAUUAAAUUUAAAUAAAUUUUUGGUUUUAUGUUAUUUGAUUUUUUUGAGUGGUUGAGGGGUUUUUUUUUUAAGUUUUAUUUAUUUAGGUUUUUUGUUUUGUUUUAUUUGAGUUUUUUUUGAGUGGGUGGGGGGGUUGAGAUUUUUUAAUUAUUUUAUUUCAUUUUAUUUUGAGUCUUUUUGUUUGUUUUUGAGUGUUUGGGUGGGUGGGGUUUUAUUUAUUUUUUAUUAUUAUUAUUAUUUAAGUUUUUAUAUCAUUCUGUAGCUUCCCAGUGGAGUUUCUUAUGUUAUCAAAUUCAACUAUUCAAAUUUCAGAUGAAUUACAUGUUUUGGUAUCAAAAUGCUGUUUUCCCAAACCCUCCUAACAACAUGACCUGACUUAGGAUUCUGCGUGAUGUCAUAGUUGCCUCUCCGUGGCUGAGCCAAGCCGUCUUUUGAGAAUUGCGCAUUUUCAUUCUUCCAAAUUAGCUUUGUAGUAGCUCUUAAACAGGCACAGAACCUGAGCAAUGUGCUGCAGUGGACGCCAUGUUAGUUUGGAUCCAACACCAACUAACUAAUGGAGGCGGCGGUAGACCAGCAGCUCCCGUGUUCUGCGAGGUAAAAUUGACAUUUUUGUCAAAGGAGUCCGGUGGCUUGGAAGAGAGAAAUAUAACAGCUUCAUUUCCCUUUUGGAGAAGUCUUCAUUCAUUCAUCCUCUUGAGGGUCGCGGGGGGGCUGGAGCCUAUCCCAGCUGACAUCGGGCGAGAGGCAGGGUACACCCUGGACAGGUCGCCAGACUAUCGCAGGGCUGACACAUAGAGACAAACAACCAUUCACGCUCACAUUCACACCUACGGACAAUUUAGAGUUACCAAUUAACCUAGUCCCCAAUCUGCAUGUCUUUGGACUGUGGGAGGAAGCCGGAGUGCCCGGAGAGAACCCACGCUGACACGGGGAGAACAUGCAAACUCCACACAGAAGGGCUCCCACGCCCGGAAUCGAACCGGCAACCCUCUUGCUGUGAGGUGAGAGUGCUGACCACCACACCACCGUGCCGCCCCUUUUGGAGAAGUCUCUUUGACAAAAAUAUUACACCGACUAUGAAUAAAUAUCUCAUACAACCCCACUUCACAAAAUCUGAACCCUUUAGUUACUGUUUUUAUUCUCAGCGCUCUAACCUACGUCACUGCUUUUUGCUAACGUCUUAGUUUCCAUUUGAAAAACUGAGUAAAGAACGCAGGUGGUGUCAAUCUUUAAGGCACAUAACCUCAUCUCAAAAAAGGUCUUCUUAGGCUUCAAAUAAUUUUUUCUUUUACGUGUAACUACAGAGACUGUGUGCUGGAGAUCUGUGGCUGAACGCUUCUCUGAUGGAGACAAACUGACGACAGAUUCAGGCUGCAAAAAUGUGGAACUAAAAAGAAAUUCUGAAAUGACUGUCACAUCAGAAGUGGUAGCAUCAGCGUAUAUCUAAUUUAAAAGCCAAUUCUGCCCAUUGUCCUAAAUGUUUAAUUUUUUAUAUAUAUAUAAUUUACCACAUUGACUUUUUCCUAGCUUUGCCCUGACCUUGACUGAUAUGUGACUGUGGGCAUUUCCAGAACAAAGAAGUGAAGGAGUGAAUAUUAAAUAUUGUAAGUAGUCAGAAGUCAAAUGUGUAUUUUUGAGGACUAAGUUUAGUUUCAGGAUGCAGAUGAAACUGUGAGCCUGUUCCUUUUUGGAUCAACAGAGUAUAUUUUAAUUAUGCAACCUCCUGAGGAGCGUGUUUUUAAAGAUCUGAGAGCAUUUAGGGCGGUGUCCGUUUUGUCUUCACAUUUUACUUGUGACUUAAAGUUUCAGGGGACUGAAGGUAGCUGACGUUGUUACACACUAAUGCAGAAAUACAGUUGUUUACACAUUGUCCAUUGUUUCUUAGUUAGAACAUGUAUAAUUAUUAUAGUCACUGUCACAGAGAGAAUUUUCUUAUUUCAUGUUGACUUUCAUUCCACCUUUUUUCCAACUAUAAGACGUUGACUGAAGCUGCAACAUAGCGAUAAAGGCUGAGCUAAAUGUUAUUUCCUACUGUACUUGAUAAUGAAGCACUUUGUGAUUGUAACCAAUAUUUUUUUGUUUACCUCAAAUGAAAGUAUCAGAUAAACAAUGAUAGAGAGCAACAGCGCCGGCAUCAGUUCAUCUAUAACAUGCUUAUUAUAACAGAUAAUGCAGGAAAGAUGCUACAACACUAAUUAACAUGGUUACGUUUGCAUUGUUUUUAUAUUGUUAUUUAUCUGUUUGUGUUAGCUUCCAGGAAGCAAAAGUUCUGUCGUAUUAUUUGGGUUUAGUUUGCAGUGAAAAAGAAAUGUCAUUUUUAUUAUUUAUGGUAAAAGUAAAAA